AUGAUGGCAAAACAAGAAACAUUUUUUCAUAACGAUAAUAAUCAAGCACAAUAUACAUCAAUAAUGCCUCCACAUGCAAAAAACACAGAUAAAAAACAAACAGAAUUGGAUCGAGCACGAGCGUUGUAUCAUGACUUUGAUGAUGCAUUUCAAACAGAUGAAACAGUAGAUUAUUUUGGUCAAGAGAAACAUCAUGUAUCUCAAAAUGUUCAUCAGCAACAUUCUUCUUCUCAAGAUAAUCCGAUGCAUUUUUAUUUACAAUCCGUUGAAACCAUAUCAGAAACACUAAAUAAUUCUCAAAAUCGUUACUAUUCAAAAGAGAAUAGUCGUUCAUCAACGCCAUCAACCGAAAGUAGUAGUGCAAUCAACUCAACUCCAUUUCAAAGACGUCUCUAUCCACAAGUACGUAUACCGGGUGGACGAAGAAGAUCCGGUACCCAACCACAAACACCUAGUGAUGAGUUGAGUCCAGAUUUACUUAAUUUAAAAUUAAAUGAUCCAUCACACAUAUAUCUACAUGAACCCGCUCCAUUUACACCCGAAUCAGCUAGACUUGAUCAUUUAUCAGCGAUUGCUAGUGGACAAAUAAAUAUUCGAACACCGACUGAUGAUUACUUUAAUAAAAUUAGUCAUGAAAGAAAAAAAAUAUUAGUAUUAUUACCACAAUAUUUUUUAGUCAAAUAUUUAGGACGAACACCGUGUACAGCAAUUUGGGGUGCUAAAGCUGUACGAGGACCAAUUGACGGCAUGGUACAGAGUGCUCGUCAAUUGUCAACAAUGGCUGAUCUUCCUACAUUAGAAGCGUGUAUAAAUACCAAAGGUCUUUUAUUAACUCAAAGAUUAUCUAAAACCAAUCAUCAUCAUCGUGAUCGUUCAAGUCGAAAAACUAAUCAUAGUCCACAACGAACGGAACAUUCAAGAGCAUUUAGCCCAUUGAGACAUGCAUUUAGUAAUAGUACAGCGACAAAUAAAGAUGAUCAUCGAAAUAACACUGAUGAACGGCACGGUUUAAUACCAUUAGAGAAUAUAUCCUAUGUUAUGCACGAUAUGAAAUAUUCAAAAGUAUCGACAUGUAUUGUCUUACGGCAAAAAGAAAAUGAAACACUAACGGAAUGUUAUGCAUUUUUGUUUCAAAAUCGAGAAUAUGCACAGCGAUUUGCUUUAGCACUAGCUGAAGCUUUCAAUACUAAAACGGCACCAAAUCAACAACAACAGGAAUCGACACAAGAAAAAGCGUCACGAUCUUCUCGUCCACCAACAUCAAAUCCACAUUCACGAAAAGAUGCUCAUCCUAGACGAUCGAAACAUCGUCGAUACGAAGACUAUUUAAGAGAUUCUGAGGUUUAA